UGUGUGUGUUCUUCCGUGGGGCGUGACGGGGUCGGAGUUGGGCUGUGUACCACUGACCAAACACAUACGCACAACACGAAACAAGACAACAAGAAUAAAACCCAAACCCAAAGCAUGAAGAUGGAGACGCUGUGAACAGAUUGAAGCUCAUCUCUGAGGUAUGGGGGUUGCUCCCAGCACGUCAAAUGCAGGAAAUGGAGGCAGCUGCCAAGACAAUGACCAGCAACCAAUAAUUGAGAAUGAAGACAUUAAGAGGCGGAACUCCAGCAGGAGAUGCAGCUCAGGAGAAACUGUUCCCUGUGCGACCUGCCAGGGCACUGGACGUAUACGCAGAGGUCAGGAGAGCAAGCUGGUGGCUGUCAUCUCCUGUAAUGACCAGAGGCUGAAUCCUAGACACACGAAGUUAUAUGUUGCUGUGUCUGUUGGUGUGUGCCUGCUGGUCAGUGCCGUGGUGCUGUUCUUCCUCUUUCCUCGCGCUGUCCUGCUGUCUUCAGUCGCCGUCAAGUCAUCCUUUGUUUACUUCACCAAGAACAACGUCCUUAUUAACAUCACGCAUGUGUUGAACAUCACCAACAACAACUUUGCGACAGUGCAGACCUAUAAUCUGUCAGUGCAGGCCCUCAACUUUGACACGGUGGUGGGAACAGUGUCUAUUAAGAACGUCACCUCGGUCAAACCUCUGUCCACCACAACGUAUUCGUUCAUGAUCCCCAUCCAGCUCUCGGACCCUGGUUUGAGUAACUACUGUAAGAAGGCUUCCCUGCCUGUCCACAUCCUGUAUCUGCAUCUGCAGAUGUCGAUGACAGUUUACUACCUGGCCCAUUAUGAGCAGCUCUCCCUGGAGACGUAUGAGUACAUCGACUGUGGAUCAAACAGUACCAUACCACAUCAGGUGCAGCCCCCUCCACCCUGAUGGAUGGAACACACGAACAAACAUUGAAGACAUCCUUUAUUUUUCCAUGAACUCUGAUGCUUAAAUGUAUAUCGUACCAGGAUGUUGUUAGGGUUCAUCCUGGAUUGAAGAAGCCUGGAAUCUGAGCAAUGUUUUCAGGACUAGCCAUGUUUGGUUCACUUACAUGAAGUCUGGUGCCCAAUUAGAACAGUUGGUAGUAGGCUGGUAUGAAAUUUGUUAAUCAUACUCUGGUGCGGAUCAAACAACCGCACUGAGACGGCGUGAAAAGAGGAUCUCAGUCUAUUUCCAGGCAGAGUCUGGUGUUGGUCGUCUGUGGACUGAAUGCAAAUUGACCAAUCUCGGUGUGUUGUGGUUUUUGAAUUUAAAAACUAUACUGAUAACGAAUCCAUCUGCUGUUUAUAAACUGUUUGGGAAGCAAAUGCUGCUUACACAGAUAAAAUAUGUUAAUGUGAAUAAUUUGGUAAUAACACAUAUAUGUGUUAACCAUAGACUUCAAAUAAAUAUGGGUUACGUUAGCUCCCAAAAGUGAAGUAAAAGGGUCUGUAUUGUCCCCUGAUGGCUGGAUCAGUGUAGGCCAAAACCCUGCCUGUUCAUGUUUUUGCUGAGUUUGAUUAUUUGAUGCUUUAUGAAUGGGGUGAAAUGUCACAAUUGACAGCUGAGACUGACUUGUUAUCAGUCCAGUGUUUGUGUGCGAUUAAAACAGCACUCCACGCCACAAUCACAGCUGCAUGAACUCUGACUCUAAAAGAUGUCACCACUUCAAGAUGGCAGCACCAUUAAUGUUAUAAGUUAUUUUUUGAUGAGCUGCGUGAUACCAGCGUGACACCAGAAAGCAAACAGACAGCAUUACAUUAUCCCAUGUAAGUUCUGAUGGUAUAACUUCAUAUUUACUACUCUUUAAAAAGAGUCAGGGUAAACACAAACCAGACUGAAACUCUAAUAAAACAAUGCAGAAAAUCA